GCGGAGCCUCGGCCCGAGUGUGGCCUCGACUCAUAUACAUCGAAGUAUAAGUUAGCGUGGUGACGUGCUCGGCCCUUUUCUGACGUCCCCUAAGGACUUAUUGGACACUAUCGUGGCUUGUUUAAGGGUGUUUGGGGGCCGUUUGAACUUCUCUGACGUCCGCCCUCGACGUGUUUUGACAAAAAAAGGGAGGCGGCGGAGCAAGCCCUCGGCAGCCAUCUUGGAAACUGCCUGCCGCUGCGAGGGUGAUUCGAGCAUUCUGGCAACCCAGUCACUUCUUCACGCGGCCAUCUUUGGAGCCGCCCGCCGCUGGGAGUGAUUCCGCGGCAUUCUGGCAACCCAGUCACUUCUUUAGGGUGGGGAUUUUUUUUUUCUUUUUAAAUGAACUGCGUUGUCUUCAGGUUGCCAUCGUUUGACAGUUUAAAGAACUGCAAGAAUCCGACGCGCCAAUUCGCCACCGUGGAGAUGACAAGAAAGUUGUGACCACGUAUGAGACCGCUGUCCUGCAGAUGAGCCGUCGGUGGGGGCUACCUAGUCGCUGUCGCAGACCCAGAUAGUUUGGCGGCAGCGGCAUUUCCCCCCACCCACCCCCCACCCAUCUCUCCAUUAUGCCCAAUAGCAGUCGGGCGGGGAGCCUGAAGGACCCCGAAAUUGCUGAGCUUUUCUUCAAGGAAGAUCCGGAGAAGUUCUUCACAGAUCUGCGUGAGAUAGGACAUGGCAGCUUUGGAGCUGUGUAUUUCGCACAGGAUGUGCGAACUAGCGAGGUGGUGGCCAUCAAGAAAAUGUCUUACAGUGGAAAGCAGUCCAGUGAGAAAUGGCAAGACAUUAUCAAGGAGGUAAAAUUCUUGCAAAGAGUACAACAUCCAAACAGCAUUGAGUACAAAGGCUGUUACCUGCGAGAGAACACUGCAUGGCUGGUGAUGGAGUAUUGUCUAGGCUCUGCUUCCGAUCUAUUAGAGGUUCACAAGAAACCCCUUCAAGAAGUUGAAAUAGCUGCAAUAACCCAUGGUGCUCUUCAAGGUUUGGCUUAUCUUCACUCCCACAACAUGAUUCACCGAGAUAUCAAGGCAGGAAACAUCUUACUGACAGAGCCAGGCCAGGUAAAACUCGCAGAUUUUGGCUCAGCCUCCAUCGCCUGCCCAGCCAACUCUUUUGUUGGGACACCAUAUUGGAUGGCCCCUGAGGUGAUCUUGGCUAUGGAUGAGGGCCAGUAUGAUGGGAAGAUAGACAUCUGGUCUUUAGGAAUAACUUGCAUUGAAUUAGCUGAGAGGAAGCCUCCACUUUUCAAUAUGAAUGCAAUGAGUGCCUUAUACCAUAUAGCACAAAAUGAGAGCCCCAUGCUGCAGUCCAGUGAAUGGACUGAGUAUUUCAGAAACUUUGUAGAUUCUUGCCUACAGAAAAGUCCACAAGACAGGCCAAACUCUGAGGAGCUCUUGAAGCAUGCGUUUGUCCAACGUGAGCGUCCUGAAUCCGUUUUAAUGGACCUUAUAAAUCGGACGAAAGAUGCGGUGCGAGAGCUGGACAAUUUGCAGUAUCGCAAAAUGAAAAAGAUUUUGUUUCACGAAGCCCACAAUGGCCCCACCAUUGAAGCUCCAGAUGAAGAGGAGGAGCCAGAACACAGUGUGGGUAGAACGGGUACCGUGAACAGUGUGGGGAGCAACCAGUCCAUUCCGAGUAUGUCAAUUAGUGCCAGUUCCCAGAGCAGCUCUGUCAACAGUCUGACAGACGCCGGCGAUGACAAAAGCGAAGUGGACAUGGAGGGAGACCACACAGUCUUGUCUAACAGCUCUGUCAAACAUGUCAGACGGGAGAAAGCAGCAAAUGACCAAGAUUCAGAACCCCACGUUCGGUCAAAUGAGCCUCAGUCCCAACCCGCAAACCCUCCUCGGCCAAAACGGAACCGAGAACACUUUGCAACAAUUCGCACAGCCUCAGUGCUCACUCGCCAGAUUAAGGAGCACGAGCAGGACUCUGAAUUGAGGGAGCAAAUUUUAGGCUACAAGCGCAUGCGACGGCAGCACCAGAAGCAGUUGAUGGCCCUGGAGAACAAGCUGAAAACAGAGAUGGAAGAGCACAGACUACGCCUGGACAAGGAACUGGAGAACCAGAGGAACAGCUUUUUUCAGGAGAUGGAUAAACUGAUCAAGAAGCACCAAGGAUCCAUAGAGAAAGAUACAAAAACAUUUAGCAACGAUGAGAAGAAAUUCCAACAACACAUUCAGGGCCAGCAGAAGAAGGAACUUAAUAGCUUCCUCGAAUCACAGAAACGGGAGUACAAACUUCGCAAGGAACAACUCAAAGAGGAGUUGAAUGAAAACCAAUCAACACCUAAGAAGGAGAAGCAGGAGUGGUUGUCCAAGCAAAAAGAGAAUUUCCAACACUUCCAAGCGGAAGAGGAGGCCAACUUACAGCGCAGACAAAGGCAGUAUCUGGAACUGGAGUCCCGCAGGUUCAAACGGAGGAUCUUGAUUGCUCGCCACAACAUUGAGCAGGACUUAGUGCGUGAGGAGCUUAACAAACGGCAGACUCAGAAGGACUUGGAACAUGCCAUGCUUCUACGACAACACGAAUCCAUGCAAGAACUGGAAUUCCGCCAGCUGAACACUAUCCAGAAGACAAGGGCCGAACUCAUCCGCCUGCAGCACCAGACAGAGCUCACUAACCAGCAGGAAUACAACAAGAGAAGGGAGCGAGAACUGAGACGGAAGCACGUCAUGGAGGUUCGUCAACAACCCAAGAGCCUCAAGUCCAAAGAGCUACAAAUCAAGAAGCAGUUUCAGGACACCUGCAAAAUCCAGACGCGGCAGUAUAAGGCACUGAGGAAUCAUCUGCUGGAGACCACACCAAAGUCAGAUCACAAGGCAGUGUUGAAGCAACUGAAACAGGAGCAGCACCGCAAACUCGCCAUCUUGGCAGAGCAGUAUGACCACUCCAUCACUGAGAUGAUGUCCACUCAGGCUCUUCGUCUUGAUGAGACUCAAGAAGUACAAGGCCAAGGCCUCCGGAUGCAGCUUCAGCAAGAGCUGGAGCUUCUUAACGCCUAUCAGAGCAAGAUCAAGAUGCAGACGGACGCACAGCACGACCGUGAAAGGAAAGAGCUGGAGCAAAGGCUGUCGAUACGCAGAGCCCUGCUGGAACAAAAGAUCGAAGAGGAGAUGGUGUCCUUGCAGAAUGAUCGUUCGGAGCGAAUCCGAAGCCUGCUGGAACGUCAAGCACGAGAGAUUGAGGCUUUCGACUCAGAGAGCAUGCGCCUGGGAUUCAGCAACAUGGUGCUAUCAAACGUCUCCCCAGAGGCUCUUGGCCAUAGCUUUCCAGGGUCCCAGGAAAGUUGGGGGCAACGUCAACAGCCAUCAGGGAGCUUUCAUGGGCCGCACAGGAGCAGUGGCAUCUUGAGCACAGGCUCAAGCCACCAAAGCAGCAAUCGCCACCAUCACUUAAGUCCUGGGGGGCCAUCUAUGCAGCAAAGCUGGGGGCAAGGCAUGCAGGGUGGUGGGGCUCCACAACCUUGGGGCCACCCAUCAGCUGUCUCUCGCAGCAGUGCUAGUGCACAGAACAGCCCCCAGGGAAUGGGGGGGACACAGCCCGGGGGCCACAGUGUGCCGGGCAUGAGCAGGAGUACCAGUGUGACCUCUCAAAUAUCCAACGGAUCCCAUUUUUCCUACACAUAAGUUAAACAGAUGCAAGUCCAACAGUCAGCAGCAACAAAUACCGGGUGAGCUCCGCAGUGCCAUCUUUCCACUACUCCUCCCCUCCACUUCCUUCUACUGUGCACACAUGUGGAUGUGUCAUUAAACACUUGCUCAGGUCAAAGGGUGCUGCAAAAGUGUGCAGCACCUCCUCACAGCAGUUUAUCAGCAAGCAUACAGGUCAUUUAGGUUUAUGUUACAAAGGCAAUUUAAGUGUC